AUGUGGUGCGCGGCGAUGGUCUCGCGAAUCGCGCAGAUAACAGUUUCGGCAGCGCGUCAGCGACAGCGAAUGCGGAAAGAUACCGCUUUCGGUUUUUGUGUCACCCAGACAAUAUAUUUGUUGAAUGAAGAUCUCCAGAGCAGCGCGGCAGUCAUCCUUCUAGCUCAGGCCAAGAUGUCUGAUCUGGUGAACCUCAGCAGCUGGAGUCGUAAGGUACGUACGAUCUCGCAGCACUCCUCGUGUAUGGAAGGACCUAGGAAGUCCACGGCGUCGAGCGGCGGCGUCUGCAAGAGCAGCGGUACCGCGCCCGAUGAGGUGCUGGCGUUGCAAAACGAGAACUGCCACUUGCAGCUCAUGCUAUCCGAAAAGGGCAGUGAAGUGGAACUACUCAAAAGCAAAGUGGGCCAGCUCCAGCAGCGACUAGACGAGCUGCUCUUGUCAAACAACUCUGCGAUGACAGGCAACGUGCCGCUUUCGGAUUUGUAUCUCAAGCCAGAUGAAGACGAGGUGAUGACGCAUUUCUCGGGGUCGCCCUACCGGGGCAGUAGGCCCUUCAGCCACUCAACCAAGCACUCGGCAGUUAGCGUGACGUCGAACUCCCGGCACAUGAGCUAUCUGUUCGUGUCGCGCCAGCUUGUGCCGUACAUGCGCGAGGCAAUCAGCAUUUUCGAGCGCAGUGAUCUCUUUAGUGGACAGGCCCUGAAGGCCCGGCGCGCCUUUGUUAAGGCGAUCGACGGCGCGCUGAGCGCGGUGCCACAAUUCGACGACCUCGUUGACGUGCUCGACGAGCUCACGAUCCUUCAGCGCAACGCCAUCGUCUGCUUGAACCGCGAGCUAGAAUACAAGAAGGUCUCGCAGCAGCUCGAGUACUUGGCAACCAUUUUCCGCGACCCGAAGGAAUGUGGGCUCCGCACCGAAGAUUACGUGGAGCACCUCCGCAAGCAGCUCAUCGAGGUCAUCACCAACAUACACAGCACAAUGCCGCUCUUGGACCCCGCGUGCUACAGCUCCGUGCCCACCGAAAACACUACCUCCGAUCCUCUUCGGCACGACGCAACAGACGUAACGCCGUCCGAGUCGCUUCUGCCCGACGACACGGACCGCAGCCCGCCCAUGAUGCCACACCAGCAGUGCGAAAACACACCUGCGCCGCGCACGCCGCACCCCACCUUCCGCACCAUGCUCCCCAUUGCCGCGCACCGCACCGCGCCCUCGGCGCUACCGGAGUUGUUCAAAAGGACCCGCCCACCAAAGCUCGCUGGCACCCACACGUCGCCGCAGUUGCGGCGCGGCCCCUCCGCCUCCAAUAACUACGUCCAGGCGCUUAGCGACCUCAAGCUCACCAUGCCCGCGCGCAGAACCCCAAAGGAACCUCUUGAGUUCAUCCCCAUCGGCUUCGACGGCCGGCUCUCCGGCGCGCAGACGCCGUCGCGCUUGACGUCUCCCCGCAAGCUCGGGAAGGUUGUCUUGACCCCGCUAACCUGGAGCAGGGACGGCUGCGACGAUUACGUGAGUGGCGAUCCACUGGAGCAGUUCUAUGCAGAAAGGGUCUCCGGAACAGACCUGGAAGAUACCAGAACGACCAUUACGGGCUUUAAUAGCAUAUAA